AUGAAACUACACUCACUCAUCGGCCUGCUUGGUCUCGGGGUUCUUGCAAAUGCUGUAAAUCUGCGCCCACGAAAUUACGAUGCCCACGAUUACUAUGUCUUACAUCUCGACUCGACCGCCGACCCAGUACAGGUAGCAGAAAGGUUAGGCGUAAGUCAUGAUGGCCAGCUUGGAGAGUUGGAAGACCAUCAUGUCUUCUCCGCACAUAAACAAGAUGAAGAUGUUGUACAUACAGCCCUGAAGCAGCGAAAGAUACGGAAGCGGUCGCUGGGCGACUUUGAUAUUCUGGAUACCGUGAAGUAUGCACAAAAGCAAAGGUUGAAGGCUAAAAUGGAGAAGAGAGGCUUGAUGCGGCCAGCGCCUGAAGGUUAUGAAAUCGACAAACGACAAGAUGCCGCAAUACCUGUCGAUUCUGCGCUCGCAAAACAAAAGGCGGUUCAACAAGCCUUGGGAAUUCAAGAUCCAAUAUUCAAAGAUCAAUGGCAUCUGUACAAUCCCGUACAAGUCGGGCACGAUGUUAAUGUGACCGAUGUAUGGAUGCAGAACAUCACUGGAAUUGGCUCAAUUGUCGCUAUCGUGGAUGAUGGAUUAGACAUGUACAGCAAUGAUUUGAAGGCCAAUUACUACGCUGAAGGUUCCUACGAUUUCAACGAGAACACUUUAGAGCCAAAACCACGAUUAUCUGAUGAUAAUCACGGCACACGAUGUGCUGGUGAAGUUUCGGCUGUCAAGAACGACGUCUGUGGUGUUGGAGUCGCAUAUGAUUCGAAGAUUGCUGGAAUUCGUAUUUUGUCCAAGAUGAUUACAGAUGCCGAUGAAGCCGUCGCCAUGAAUUACGCAUUCCAGCAUAAUCAGAUCUACUCUUGCUCAUGGGGUCCUCCUGAUGAUGGAAGAUCGAUGGACGCUCCGGGCAUACUUAUCAAGAGGGCUAUGGUAAAUGCGGUUCAAAAGGGACGUGGUGGAUUGGGUUCCAUCUAUGUGUUCGCAUCCGGGAAUGGCGCCGCCAACGAAGACAACUGCAACUUUGAUGGCUAUACGAAUAGUAUCUACAGUAUCACGGUUGGAGCAAUUGACAGAAAGGGCCUGCAUCCAUAUUAUUCUGAGAAGUGCUCUGCUCAACUUGUCGUCACAUAUAGUAGUGGGAGUGGAGAUUCCAUUCACACGACUGAUGUUGGUACCAACGCUUGUUCUUCUUUACAUGGCGGUACUUCUGCUGCCGCACCUCUCGCGGCAGGAAUAUUUUCUUUAGUCUUACAAAUACGACCAGAUUUAAGCUGGAGAGAUAUGCAAUACCUUGUUAUGUCAACCGCUUUGCCAGUUGAUCUUGAAACGGGCGAAUGGCAAACAACAACAAUUGGAAAGAAGUUUAGUCAUACUUUUGGAUACGGAAAGAUUGAUACCUGGGCAACUAUUGAAGCCGCGAAGACUUUCAAGAAUGUCAAACCUCAAGCUUGGUUCUAUUCUCCUUGGAUCCACGUCAACCAGGCUAUUCCGCAAGGAAAUGAUGGUAUCUCGGUCUCCUUCGAAGUUACCAAGGAAAUGCUGCAAGCAGCGAAUCUAGAGAGAUUGGAGCAUGUCCAAGUCACAAUGAACGUUGCACACACCAAGCGAGGAGAAUUGAGUGUGGACUUGGUUAGUCCAGACAAACUAGUCAGCCACCUUUCCACGACGCGACGUUAUGAUUCCGACACCGACGGAUAUGAUGAUUGGACGUUCAUGUCUGUUGUUCACUGGGGUGAAUCUGGUAUUGGAACUUGGACCAUUACUGUUAGAGAUACUUUCCCGAACGAUCAUAAUGGAACUUUUACAGAUUGGCAUCUCAAACUUUGGGGAGAAGCUAUUGAUGCAGAAAAAGCGAUAGUACUCCCAAUGCCUACCGAACAUGACGAUGAUAAUCACGCCGAGAUCUCCACAACCACCAUUGCAGGAGUCACACCAACAGCAACAUCUGCACCAACUAAUCCUGCAGCUCCAACUGACGCCCUUCCUAGCACACCAUCCGACCACCCCGAUCGUCCUGUAAAUGCCAAACCUUCGGGCACAGAAGAUUCACUAGCCUCGCCUACCUCCACCGCACCUGCAGAAUCAGAAACUACAACUCCGUCAACAUGGAUUCCUUCUUUCCUCCCCACCUUUGGCGUCUCUUCCAAAACCCAAAUUUGGAUCUAUGGCGCCUUAGGCCUCAUCGCUGCUUUCUGCGCUGGUCUAGCAGUAUACCUCUACAUGGCCCGCCGAAAGCGUCUCCGCAAUAACCCAAGAGACGAAUGGGAAUUUGAUCUUCUCGAAGAUGAUGAAGCGGAAGCUCUAGCCGGUAACACUGAAAUGACCAUGAAGAAGGGAGGAAAGAGAAGAGCAGGUGAAUUAUACGAUGCAUUCGCCGCAGGUAGUGACGAUGAAGAUGACGAGUAUAAGGAUGGUGGCGAUGAACGAGAAAAGAAAUUGUACCAGGAUGAUGGGGAGAGUGAGGGCACGGGUAGUGGAAGUGGUCAUCACGUUAUCGGGGAUGAUGACGAUAGUGAUGAUGAGAGCGCGGUAAACGUGAAGGAUGAGAAGAAACCGUUAAGGAAGUAA